AUGGCUACCCCUAGUGUCCUCGCUUUUGACGCUGAGGAUCGGGCCAUUGACUUUGAUGUCUGGAUAGAUGACCUGCAGCUUUUCUUACAGUGCGAUAGGGCAGACGGUCUCUCCCUCUUUGACCUCACCUCUGGUGCCUCUCCUGCCCCUACUGCUGAUGCUGACGCCACUGUUCGCUCCCAGUGGGCCACGCGCGAUGCUGCUGCACGUUUUGCUGUGCGUCGCCACCUCCCUACCUCUGAGCGUGCGCACUUUAGUCAGUACAAGAGUGCUAAGACCUUGUACGACGCUGUAGUUGCACGCUACUCCUCCCCUGCCACUGCUGCACUGAGUCUCACCCGGCUCCCUGACUCCCUUCGCGUAGUCAGAGACCACUUCCUCGCAGUGUGCCCCACCACUCUCACCGUUGACCUCCUCGAGAAGGCCCUCCUUGCAGCGGAGAAGAGCAUAGUCGCUGUAGGGGCCUCUCAUGGUGACCCCCGCACCCCUGUCUUUGAGGGGUGUUCUCCCUCCCCCCUCUUGCCCUCUGUUGCUUCUACUGUUGUGGCCGGCCUCGUUGGUUUUGAGUCUAUCGGCGCUCCGUCUGCCCCUUCGGGGAAGCGCCGCGAAGGCAAGGGCAAAAGGGGCAAGGGCGCUGGAGGAGCGGGCGGGGGCGGCGGAGGCGGUGGUGGAGGUGGCGGAGGGAGUGGGGUGCGGGGUGGGGGUUCUGGUCCGUGCACCUACGUCCUGCGCACCGGCGACCGUGCGGGUGAGCAGUGUGGGGGUGCCCACCCCACCCAGCGCUGCUUUGGCCGCCUGACGGACGCGUGGCUUCACCAGUUUCCUGAGGCCGCAGAGAUCCCUCGCUGGGGCGAGUUGUCUAGGGCGGGGGUUGCUAUCUUUGACCUUGACUUUGAUGCUAGUCUUUCUGCCAUGUAUGCUGUGACUAUUAGUGAUGAGGGUGACUGUUACCGGUGUUUCCCGCCGGACCCGGGCAUUGAGACUGCUGCUCUAGGUACUGGUGAGGCUGCUGCCCUAGGUGCUUGCGAGGCUGCUGCUCUAGGUGCUAGUGCGUCUGCGUCCUUAGGUACUGGUGAGUCUGCACUCUUAGGUACUGCGUCGGCUUCGGCCUCCCUCACCUUCACCCUUGAAUCUGGGGCUUCUCGCUCCUUCUUCUGA